GGAGAAUCCGUAAUGCCAAACACAGAGGAAAAUAAAUAACACUAUGUCAAACUUUAGAGCACUGAAACAAAUUAUUAGUUAGCCAAAUUAUCAAAAAGUUGAAUUUACAAAAAAACUGUAUAAAAUGGGCAACAUAAACAGUGCGGAAAUACAAAAUUCUAGUUCCCUUUUGUCUAUUAAAGAUCCCCCGAUUAAAGAUGAGGUUCCCAAAAACAAAACAAAGGGCUGCUUGCAGUUCCGGAAGAAGAGGGAUAGAAAAAAUCAAGUAAAGCUGUUAUAUGAAGAGUUUAUCAAAUUCAGAGAUCUUAUUUUAGAUCAUAUGGAAAAUCAAAAUGAAUUUAGAAAGUAUGUUGAACUAGUAGUACCAGAAUGGCAAAGAUUAUCGAAAUUGUAUGAUUCCGUAGAGGUCCUAGCGCAAAAACUUCGCAGAAAUCGUAACAAAUUUCCCAGGGGAAUAAAAGGCCAAAUGAUUUGCAGCAGAUGUAACAAUAGAUUUGAGAAUAUUUCUACGAAAAAUUGUGGUCGUAGUUAUCGAACUAGUAGACAUAGAGGUCAUGUCAUUUGCAACCUAUGUUACAAAAAAUUCAAGAAGAUCAGCAAGAGAAAAAUACACAGUUAUUAUUAUUAAUGGCAUAACUACUGUGAACGUAUGUAAAAAAGAGUUUAUUAAUACUAUGUUAAAAUAUUAAUGUGUUGUUGAAAAUGUUGUUUUUUUUGUAGUAAUUUAAUUUUGGUAAAUUUAGUAUAAUUUUGAGAGUUAACAUGGCAACACCACGUGGCGCGCUGUCGUGAUAAAGUCGGUCGUGUCUGUGUCAUUCUAAAAAUUAAAGUUUUCAUGUUUUUAUCAAAUUUACUUGUGAUUACGCAUAAAACCCGCUUGUGUACGUUGCAGUGAUUAUGUGUUAUCAUUCAUUACUCUUCACAAUCGCAAGAUAAGUGUGGUGCCGCCGCGAUGGGGGACAGCCUGCUGCGGCUGGGGGACAUCGUCUCUCUGUACGCCGAGGGCACCGUCUGCGGCUUCCUCAGCACCUUGGGGUUGGUGGACGACCGAUGUGUGGUGUGUCCAGAGGCGGGAGACCUCAAGGAGCCUCCGAAGAAAUUCAGAGACUGCCUGUUCAAGAUAUGCCCGACCAACCGCUACUCCGCUCAGAACCAGUUCUGGAACACGGCGCGCCAGUCGGCCAACAACCACGCCGACACCAGCCUGCUCAAGAGACUGCAUCAUGCGGCCGAAAUCGAAAAGAAGCAGAACGAGCUGGAGACGCGCAAGCUGCUCGGCAGCGACGUGAAGUACGGCAGCGUGGUGCAGCUGCUGCACGUCAAGUCUAACAAGUUCCUCACGGUGAACAAGCGGCUGCCAGCCCUGCUAGAGAAGAACGCGAUGCGAGUGUCUCUGGACGCCAACGGCAACGAGGGCUCCUGGUUCUAUGUCAUGCCGUUCUACAAGCUGCGCUCCAGAGAUGACAACGUGGUGGUCGGCGACAAGGUGAUAAUGAAUCCGGUGAACGCGGGGCAGCAAGUCCUGCACGUGUCCAGUAGUCACGAGCUGCCCGACAACUCUGGGUGCAUGGAGGUGAACGUAGUCAACUCUUCAACGUCAUGGAAGGUGUCUCUAUUCUUGGAGCACAAGGAAAACCAGGAGGACAUUCUGGUGGGAGGGGAUGUCGUGCGUCUCUUUCACGCUGAGCAGGAGAAAUUCCUAACCAUGGAUGAGUACCAGAAGCGCCAGCACGUGUUCCUGCGCACCACCGGCCGCUCCUCCGCCACCGCCGCGACUAGCAGCAAAGCUCUGUGGGAGAUCGAGGUGGUCCAGCACGACCCGUGUCGCGGCGGCGCGGGCCACUGGAACUCCAUAUUCCGGUUCAAGCAUCUCGCUACAGGCAACUAUCUCGCCGCUGAGGCGACCAUCAAGGGGCCUGACGACACCAUAGAGUCAGGGGAGCCCGCGUACCAACUGGUCUCCGUGUCGCACCCUCAUUCUUCGGAAAUAGCCACGCUAUUCGAGUUGGACCCGACGACAAUGACGCACUCUGACGCGCCCGUGCCCCAGACCAGCUAUGUGCGAUUACGUCACUUAUGCACACACACAUGGGUCCACUCAACGUCGAUACCUAUUGAUAAAGAUGAAGAGAAACCGGUCAUGUCUAAAGUGGGAUGUUCCCUGGUGAAGGAAGACAAGGAGGCCUUCGCGCUAAUAUCAGUGUCUCCCAGCGAAGUGAGGGACCUCGACUUCGCGAACGACGCGUGCAAAGUUCUGUCCACGCUCAGCACUAAGCUACAGAACGGGAAUAUAGAGCAUAAUGAGAGGAAAGCGCUAACCUGCCUGCUCCAAGACAUAGUCUACUUCAUCGCCGGCUUCGAGAACGAGCCGAACAAGUCCGAGGCUCUGGACCUGAUUGUCGAGAACCCGAACCGAGAUAGACAGAAGCUGCUGCGAGAGCAGUACAUACUGAGGCAGCUGUUCAAGAUACUGCAGGGUCCAUUCCAGGAGACGCCAGACAGCGAUGCGUUCCUCAAGAUCGAAGAGCUGACGGACCCGAGAUACGCCCCGUAUAAGAACAUAUUUAGACUGUGUUAUAGGAUACUGAAGCUCAGCCAGCAGGAUUAUAGGAAGAAUCAAGAAUACAUCGCCAAACACUUCGGCUUCAUGCAGAAGCAGAUCGGCUACGACAUCUUAGCUGAAGACACGAUCACGGCGCUGCUACACAACAACAGGAAACUGCUCGAGAAACAUAUAGGAGCUGCUGAGAUCGAUACUUUUGUGGGCCUAGUCCGCAAGAACAUGGAGAAGUGGCACUCGCGCUUCCUAGACUACCUGAGCGACCUGUGCAUCUCCAACAAGAAGGCCAUCGCGGUCACGCAGGAGCUCAUCUGCAAGAGCGUGCUGUCUCCCGCCAACCAGGACAUACUCAUCGAGACCAGUCUAAAUAAUGAUUUUUUUGUUUGCAGAUUAAUGUCGUCGAAAUAUGAAGACAGUAAGAGCCCCUCGAAGGUGACCGUUGAGGACGAAGUUAUACUGUUCUGGAAUAAGAAAGAGCGCUCCCGUCUCCUCUCCGAGCUAGCCGCAGAGGCUCGCACCGACCCCAACUGCGAGUCCGCCAAGAUCCUGGAUUACUACCGACACCAGCUCGACCUGUUCAGCAACAUGUGUCUCAACCGACAGUACCUGGCGCUUAACAAUCUGUCUGCUCAUCUGCAUGUUAACUUGAUUCUAAAAUGCAUGUCCAACUCAACCCUCUCCCACUCACUCCGAGCGUCAUUCUGCCGCCUCAUGCUGCACCUUCACGUGGACCGCGACCCGCAGGAGCCCGUCACGCCGGUCAAGUACGCGCGUCUGUGGACCGAGGUGCCGCCCGUCAUACACAUACACGACUAUCAAUGCGUGAAAGGCGGGCCUCAUCCGACCCGGGAAAAAGUUAAACAACAAUUCGCGUCCACCAUCCGCUUCGUAGAGGACUACCUGUGCAACGUCGUGACUCGAACCUGGUACUUCAGCGACCACGACCAGAACAAGCUCACGUUCGAAGUGGUGAAGCUGGCGAGAGAGCUGAUUUACUUCGGGUUUUAUAGCUUCAGCGACCUGCUCCGUCUCACGAAGACGCUGCUGAGCAUCCUGGACUGUGUCUCCGCCAUCGACACCAUCAAUGAUAAUAGUGGACUUGCCGGCGAGGUCGAAUCUGAAGGCGGAGUGCUGAGGAGUAUUGGCGACAUGGGAGCCGUCAUGACCUCCAUCACGCUGGGCUCCGUGGGCUCAGUUAGAAAUUUUGGAGCGACGGCGGCGGCGGCGAUGCAGCACAGCACUUCAGCUCUGAUGCUGGCUCGUGAACACCCGCUGGUCAUGGAAACCAAGCUGAAGAUCAUUGAGAUAUUGCAGUUCAUCCUCGACGUCCGGUUAGACUACCGCAUCAGCUGCCUCCUCUCCAUCUUCAAGAAGCAGUUCUCCCAAGGAGACCCCGGGGCCGACAACAUCGGCCGCGCCGACGUGGAGGCGAUAGGGCUGCAGGCUGAGGGGAUCUUCAGUUGUCGAAGUAUACAAACUGUUCCCGACAGCUGUCUACCAAAAAAUGUAGAUUUGGACGGUCUAGACCUAGACUCGUGCGGCGGUCGCAUGGUGCUACGUGUGCUGCUCCAGUUCGCUCGCUCGCAGGGCGCGUCGGCGGCGCUAGUGUCGGGGGCUCUCACCCUACUGUUCCGACACUUCAGCCAACGCCAGGAGGUGUUGCAAGCGUUUAAACAGGUGCAACUGCUGGUGUCGGACGCGGACGUGGAGUCGUACAAGCAGAUCAAGGCGGACCUGGACCUGCUGCGCCAGAGCGUGGAGAAGUCCGAGCUGUGGGUCUUCAACAAGGGACGUGCUGGGAUAGCCGAUGAGAGCGAUGUGCGUACGGGCGCGCCGGGCGCGGGCGGCGCGACGCUAGAACGUAACGCGUCGCUCGACAACGUACUCGACCCCGGACGAGCGAGCAAGAGCGAACACAUCAACGAGUAUCGGAAGAUCAAGGAGAUACUGGAACGCAUGAUCCGCUACUGCACGCACGGCAACAGCGGCGCGGGCGACCCCCGCAAGCCGCGGCGCCACGAGCAGCGGUUGUUGCGCAAUAUCGGGGUGCACAAUGUUGUGCUGGACUUGUUACAGGUCCCGCACGACGAAGACGACAUGCUAAUGGACGAGCUCCUCUCUCUCGCUCACUCGUUCCUUCAGCACUUCUGUCUGCGCAACCAGCAGAACCAGGCGCUUCUUCACCGACACUUGGACCUGUUCCUCAACAUCGGGGUCCGCGACGCUGAGACAGUGUGCGCCAUAUUCAAAGACAACGCCGUGUUGUGCGCUCACGAGAACAACGACAAGGUGGUGGCUCACUUCGUGCACUGCAUCGAGUCCCGGGGGCGCCGGCCCGCCUACCUACAAUUCCUUCACACAGUCGUAAGGGCAGACAACCACUACAUCAGGAGAAGUCAGGACCUUGUGAUGCAGGAGAUGGUGAACGCCGGUGAAGACGUGCUGGUGUUCUACAACGACAAGGUGUCGUUCAACAACUUCCGCGAGAUGAUGCGCCAGUACCGCCGCUCCAAGCAGAUGCCUGAAGCUCUCAGAUACCACAUCGAGCUAGUAAAGCUGCUGACAUGCUGCACGAUGGGCAAGAAUGUCUACACUGAGAUCAAGUGUCACAGCUUAUUGCCGCUAGAUGACAUCGUCAACACUGUCACCAACCCCGACUGUAUACCUGAGGUGAAAGAAGCCUACGUAGGGUUCCUGAACCACUGCUACAUCGACACCGAGGUGGAGAUGAAGGACAUCUACUCGUCCAACUACAUGUGGCAGCUGUUCGAGCGGUCCUUCCUGCAAGACAUGGCGGGUGUCACGAGGGUCGCGCCGGUCCUGUCCAUCAUCACACCAGGGUCCUGUCCAUCAUCAGCGCUGGACGCGGAGCAGCAGGCGUGGCUCAAUUACGUGACGGACGUGCUGGUGCACACUAUAUGCACGUUCUUCAACUCUCCCUUCAGCGACCAGAGCACCACUGUGCAGACCCGUCAGUCGAUCUUCGUGAGCCUACUGCAGACAACGUUUCAGAUCUACCAGUGCCCGUGGCUGUCGCCCGCGCAGAAACUCAACGUCGAGAAGUGCAUACGCACGCUCAGCGAAGUCGCAAAGACCCGCGGCAUAGCGAUCCCCCUGGAGCUAGAAGCGAAAAUACAGGGUGUGUUCGAGAAGGCGGCAACACUUUCGCGGCAGACCAGCAAGUGGCUGUUAGCUUCCAAGACUUCGAAACUGGAAAAAAUGGCUUCACAGUCGAACCUCCACAACGACCGUUCAGUGAUGGAGGGCCUCCAGGAAAUAGUGGCGUUGCUAGAGGAACAACUGCGCCCGCUACUGCAGGCCGAGUUGUCCCUCCUAGUGGACAUCUUGUACAAGCCGCAUCUACUGUUCCACGCGCAGGGAGAGAACCAUACCACUAAUGUGUUUAUAUCUAGACUGAUCCAGCACACGGAGAAGCUUCUAGAAGAGAAGGAGGAGAAGCUGUGCGUGAAGGUUCUGCGCACGCUCCGGGAGAUGAUGGCCGUCGACCCCGAAUAUGGGGAGAAGGGCAACCAGCUACGCAACAAGCUGCUCUCACAAUACUUCGUGAGUCGCAAGUCCGAGCCCAAGAUACAGCCGCCGUCCGCGCCCUCCGCCGUCACUCAUGGGCCUGGAGCGCGCGUGCUCCUGCGCACAGGGCAGACGUUGUCUCAAGUCCAGACGCGGCUGGACAAGGAGGGGGCCUCGGACCUGGUGGUGGACCUGGUCAUCAAGAGCACCAACCGACCCGCCAUCUUCCUCGAGGCUAUACAGCUGGGCAUUGCGUUGCUGGAAGGUGGAAACCCAACGAUCCAACACAGCAUCUUCAAGAAGCUGCAAAACGGCGAAAUAUCUCAAGCAUUUUUCAAGGUAUUCUACGACAAGAUGCGCGAGGCCCAACAGGAGAUCAAGUCUUCAGCCACCAACAGCACGGCCGCCGCCGCGCCCGACAAGCAGCGAGCUAGUUUAGCUGAGAAGACCAAGCAUAUUAGUGUUGAUGGCAAGCUGUCCCCGGGCCCGCUAGUGGUCGGUGAAGAGAUGGACGAGGAGGUGGCCGGCGCGUGCGGCUCCGCCCUGCACGCCUACUCCGACAUACACACCAUGACGCACGGAACAUCAGUUUUGGAGGAGAUUAUGGCCGAAAAGAAGUGUGCUCCAGGCAACUCGGACGUGUUGCCAGCGAAGGUUGCCGUCAUGAAGCCGAUAUUGAGAUUCCUUCAGCUUCUUUGUGAGAACCAUAAUCCGGACUUACAAAACCUCCUCCGCAACCAAAACAACAAGUCCAACUACAACCUGGUCUCCGAGAGCCUCGUGUUCCUGGACUGCAUCUGCGGCUCCACCACGGGCGGGCUGGGGCUGCUGGGGCUCUACAUCAACGAGGGCAACGUGGCGCUCAUCGACCAGACGCUGGAGACGCUCACCGAGUACUGCCAGGGCCCAUGCCACGAGAACCAGAACUGCAUCGCGACGCACGAGAGCAACGGGCUCGACAUCAUCACCGCGCUCAUACUGAACGACAUCAACCCGCUCGGGAAGACUAGGAUGGAUCUAGUACUGGAGCUAAAGAACAACGCGUCUAAACUGCUCCUCGCCAUCAUGGAAUCCCGUAACGACUCUGAGAAUAAUGCCGAGAGAAUACUGUACAAUAUGGACCCUAAACAGUUGGUGGACGUGGCGUGUUCCGCGUUCCAUCAAGAGAACUCUAUGGACGCCGACUCCGACUCUGAUGACGACUCACCCGUGCAGGGGGUGUCGCCUAAAGAAGUGGGCCACAACAUCUACAUCCUCUGCCACCAGCUGGCGGCCCACAACAAGGAGCUGUCCCGCCUCGUCCGCGCCGCGCCGGCCGGGCCCCACGCGCAUGCGCUGCAAUACUAUCGCACACACACCGCGCAGAUCGAGAUAGUCCGAACAGACCGCAGCAUGGAACAAAUCGUCUUCCCGAUCCCGGAGAUAUGCGAGUACCUCCCCACGGAGAGUAAACACCGGGUUCUAGCCACAGCGGAGAGAGAUGACCAGGGCAGCAAGGUGGCAGACUUCUUCAGCAGACUGGAGCAUCUGCAUCAUGAGAUGAAGUGGCAGAAGAAACUCAGAGGCCAGCCGCUCCUCUUCUGGGUGUCGUCGUACAUGUCCCUCUGGAGCAACAUCCUGUUCAACUUCGCUGUUCUCAUCAACGUCAUCGUCGCCUUCUUCUAUCCCUUUCAAGAGGAGACGCCGAAACUCGGCCAGCACGCAUCCCUAGUCGUGUGGCUGGUGUUCCUAGCCGGCGGCGCGCUGGUGACCCUGCUGCCCAGAGCAUCCGGAGUACGCACCCUGCUGGCGAGCCUGGUGGUGCGGCUGAUCUACUGCGCGGGGCCCGAGCCCGCACUGUGGACCCUGGGGAUGCUCACUAUAAUAGUGAAGGGCAUCCACCUGGUCAGCAUAAUGGGCAACCAGGGCACCCUCUGGAAGUCACCCCGGGCCGUAUUGGGCGACCGCGAGCUGCUUUACCACUGUGCCUAUCUACUCUUCUGUCUGAUGGCCAUCGCGAGCCACCCCUUCUUCUUCUCUGUGCUGCUACUAGACAUAGUGUACCGUGAAGAGACGCUGCUGAACGUGAUGCGCUCAGUGACGCGCAACGGCCGCUCGAUCCUGCUCACGGCGGUGCUGGCGCUCGUGCUGGUCUACAUGUUCAGUAUCGUUGGCUACAUGUUCUUCAGGGAUCACUUUCUUCUGCAAGUGGAUCAGUUGGAUGAUGAUGAAUCGUUCAACAUAGACAACUGUAUCGAUGAUCCAGCUUCAAAAUACUUAAACGACGGCUCGACCUCCUCCACAUGCAAGCGCGGCCCCCGCUUCGUCUCCGUCGGGGGCGAGCUGAAGGAGCGGUCCUGUGACUCACUCAUCAUGUGCAUCGUGACCACCCUCAACCAGGGGCUGAGGAAUGGAGGCGGUAUUGGAGACGUGCUGAGAGCUCCGGCUAGCUUUGAGCCGCUAUACGUCGCUCGAGUAGUCUACGACCUUCUCUUCUUCUUCGUGGUCAUCAUCAUCGUGCUGAACCUCAUCUUCGGUGUCAUCAUCGACACGUUCGCCGACCUCAGGAGCGAGAAGCAGCAGAAGGAGCUGAUUUUGAAGAAUACUUGCUUCAUUUGUGGCCUGAACCGCUCAGCAUUCGACAACAAGACCGUAUCAUUUGAAGAGCACAUCGCGAGUGAACACAACAUGUGGCACUAUCUCUACUUCAUGGUGCUGGUCAGAGUGAAGGACCCGACAGAGUUUACUGGCCCCGAGAGCUAUGUGCACACUUGUAUCAAGACCUCCAACCUAGAAUGGUUCCCGCGCCUGCGCGCCCUAUCCCUGGCGCGGGGGGCGGAGGGGGACGGGGCGGAGCUGGAACUGCGCGCGCUGCACGGGCAGCUCGAGCGAGCCCAGGCCGCAGUGCACGCGCUGACGGGGCUGCUGACCGAGCUGCGCGGACAGAUGACAGAGCAACGGAAGCAGAAGCAAAGGAUUGGGCUCCUCAAUUCCACGUCUGCCUACUUGAACCUACAAAUGAACAUGCCGCCUUAGAACGGAGAAAUAGGAGGUCGUGAGUUACACUACUCGUUGUGAGACUUGUGUUAUAUUUGUUUUGAAUAUUUCACGUGGAAGAUUACCUACGCAAAAAAUCAUGAAUUCGAAUAGGUAAUAAAUAAAUAAAAGUUUUAAAUUUAGAGUUGGAGCGUUGAGAAUCGCCUCCAUUGUCUCUCAUUAUAGAUAUCAGUGUACCAACAAAUAAUAAUAUUUAGUUCAGGUAAUCGUUCACCUAUUGGUAUCGUACGUAUCGCACCAAACGGAUGGUCAUAAAUGUAUGCAAUGCCGAUAAAAUGGACGCACUUGUGUGAGUUUGUAUAGAAAGAAUACAGAAUGCGAUGCGUCCGUUUUGUGCAAUGCUGUCAGGUGGACCCUUGCGUUUACAAUCAUGUCAACUCACACUUUCGAUAUCUAUAUUGAAU